AUUUUAAUGAAGCAUUUCUUUUAAAAAGUGCUUCUUUAUUAUCCUAACACAAAUUAGAUAGGAAAUCAAAAUAAAAGCAUUCAUGUACCCGAAGCAGGUUUAAUACAUUAUACUACUCCACUACCUGUUUAUCAAUUUUUUAUAAAGGUUGGAAUUCUGAUGUUGGAUUCAAUAAUUGAUGCAGUAAUAAUAUCUCCAAUAAGAAUAAUUUUAUUUAUUUUAACUAAAAACAUAAUUUCAAUUUAAUUUAGAUUGGACUUAAUUUAAACCAUAAUGAUUUGGACAAUAACUUGGCUUUUCACAUUUAACUAUUUUGAAGUUGGAUUUUGGUAUCAUAUAAUUAGAGGUUAAUCUUAAAUCAAACUAUACGGAAUAAUCUAGAUUUUAGAUUUACUUGAUAGGUUGGCUUGUACAUAAGGUGAUUACAUAAUAAGACAACUGUAUUGGUAAAAUGUUUACAAAAAUUAAUCUGUUAUUAAUAGAUAUUUAUUCUAUUCAUUUAUUUAUAUCUUUGCUCAUGCAUGUUUAUUAGGAUUAUAAUUGACUGUUUAUAAUGUAAUAUUUAGUUAGAAAGUUUAACUUUUAUAUCUAGCUUUAUUUGUUUUAAGUUUAAUCAAACUUAAGGGAUCAGUGUUUAAAAAAUAAGAUGAAAAGUCUUGUAUUUCAACAGCUAUAAAUGAUGGAAGAGAAUAUUUUCAAAAAGCGCUAUAUAUAAUAUUGAUUUCAAUGAGUGUAAAAUUUACUCCAGUAGACUUUUAUUAUAAAAUUGGAUUUUAUUUUUUUAUAGAGCUUUUAGGUAUCAAAUACUUAUAUAAUUAGUUGAUUCAUUUAAAUACAUAUCAAUUUUUCAUUUAAAUAGUGUACCUAUUAAUGUACUUACUGAAUAGACAAAAAGUCUCUCAAAUUUUAUGUAUGCUGUAUCGAUAUAAUAAGAUAAAAUAAAGGAACUCUCAUUGAUUGAUUAAAAAGACUUAUGUAUAGUUUUGUAGAAUGUAUGAACGUAAAUUAAUCCUAGGUUCCACUUGCUUAAGCUAAAAUCAUAGGAAAAUUCAAUAUUGUAAUUUUUCCUUAAGUGAUAAUCUCUUUGAAAAUGUUGGCUUAUAAUUUUUAAAAGCAUACACAAUCUUUAGAGUAAGAGGAAUAUAUUUAUAUCGGGUUCAUUAUAUUAAUAAUUUUAUCCUUUACUAAAAUAAUAAUAUUUUUAUAUCAUAGAAACAGCUAACUCUACUUGCAUGUAAAUAAAUUAAAAGAUUGA